AUGGGGUUCGAGGCGGAGGGCUUGCCGGUCGGCGCCGCAGUGGCCUUGGCCGGAGAUGAGCUGAUUGCUGGUGGCCGUGGCGUGGCUUUCCAUAAGCCGUCUGGGCGGCCCUUCCACAUCGAGCUGGUGGAGGAGAAGGACUUGCCCUCCUUCUUGGUGCGCCGUAUUCCGGUGUAUGCCUCACACGCAAGCGCCGCCGAGUUCCGCCUCUCUGAAGAGACUUGCAGGACCGGCCGCUUCCUGGUGAACGACCCCCGUGUUGGCUUGUUCCACAACCAGCGCAUCUCCUACGAGACCGCGCUGGACAUGGCCUCCGCUCUGGGUCGGAUCCUGGUCUUACCGGGCUUCUUCAAGUUUCCCCACCCGGAGCCCUACGCGGGCACCCAGUGGGUGCCUUUCCGAGAGCUCUUCGACCUUCCAACGCUCCGGAGCUGCUAUGGCCGGGUGGUGGAGCUAGAGGAGCUGGUGAACCUUUGCGGGCCGGAGGUUUUGGAGAACCACACCACCGUGCCCUUCCAAACCCUGUGGAUGCGCAGCAAAACCAAGGCGCCCUGGAUCAACGGCACGCGGCCGGAACUGGUCUGGGCUCCGCCCCACGGCCAGGCGGCUCCUUUCCGCUUCAAAGCGCGCCCGAGAGCCCGCGCGGAUGUGCCGCUGAAACUGGAGGAGAGCUUGGGCUACAUCUUGAGCGCCUUCCUUGAAGAGGGCGUCGCCGAGGCUCGCACACUACGUAGCCACGGCCUCAUCGCAAAGAACAUCUCCAUGGCGGACGUUGCGACCUGCUUCCUUCCCAGCAACGCCACUCUGGCGCACGCGCGGCGUGUGGCCCUGCAAGCCGGGCUGCUGGAAGGUGACCCGGCGCCGCGGGUCCUGGGGGUGCACCUGCGGCUCUUCAAAGCCAGCACCACAACCUCUGGGGGCUAUUUGCAGACAGAGCUGCAGGCGAUGCAGGAGUCCUUGUGCAACUUGGAGCCGGAGACCUUCUCCUUCAUCGCCUCCUGGACCCUGGCGAGGACCUUCUUUGGCUUUUGGCCCACGCACACCUGGAUGGCCAGCAACGAGGCGGACGAAGGUCUGCUGGCGCAGUAUAUGGGAGGCUUCCCGGGUCCCCGGGCCAACCGCUACCGGCCCGCGCACUACGUGGGCAGCCCAGUCAACCAGUUCUGCGGCUUCGCCCUUUUGACGCGGGAGGAUGCCGCGGUCACCGUGGAGGAGUGUGUGGAGGCCCUGCGGUCCGUCUUGGUGGAUGCGAUCAUCGCGGCCUGGGCCACACACUUCAUCGGCAACGUGUGCUCCACCAUGUCGCAGUACAUCCAGUCGCUGAGGCUGCGCUUUGGCAAGCGCUUCGAGACCGGCAUUCUGCUGGGCGGGGUGCAGCAUGCGGAUAUGCUGCGCUGGGCGCGAGAGGAAGUGAAGCAGGGCUUUGCGGGGCGCCCAGGUUGCUUCCUGCACCCGGGGAUCAAUGUUUCGUAUCACAGCUCACUUGAAGGCGAAGACGUGGUCGAGAUGUCGCAUUGCUGCAGCUGCAGCUGCAGUUGGUACAAGCCCGAGAACCUGGCCCCGGCGGACGCCUGGUGGAAGGAGGCUAUCCGCCACGAGACCGAGAAUAGGUGGUACGUGCGCCAGCUGCCGGGGUCCUGGGCUGCGACCUUUGGAGGGUCCCAGAUGGACGCGCUGAUCAAGCACCAGGUGGAGGCCCCCUCCGACCGCUCCUUCCGCCCCUUCGGGCGCCGGGUGCUCAGCGAGCCCCGCGGCGGCGAGGCGCGACGGGCGCUGGCCUGGGCCGAAGGAGAGGGCGAGCUGCAGCGCGCCGAUCCCGUGCCGGAGAAGCCGCCGCAGCUUCCGCCGCCAGAGGUCUCGCAACGGGAAUUGCAGACCACCCUGCGGCCGAUGGAGCCAGCGGCUCUUUCUCCGGCGGCUCGGGAGCCCGUGGCCCGCGAGAUUCGCGCAGCGGAGCUUCGCGAGCCCGUGACACAGGCGGAGUCAGGAGGCAGACCUUCAGCGCGUGGGCCGAAUGAGGAGAUGUGCGGCUGCGGUGUGCCACAGACGGGCUUCAACUUCUGCCCUACGUGCGGCGCAAGGGCGCAGGGCCAAGGCUACACCGAGGCCGCGCCGCCUGCCGGACCGGUACAAAGCAAGGCUAAGAGCAAGGCCAAAGCCAAGCCGCGGCCUCCGGAGGCGGAGGAGCGCCACAAGACGAGGCUGGGGAAUUGGAGCAUGCUGCACCAGCGUGAGCUCGCGCCGGAGCUGAGCGAGCCCGAGCCAGCGACGAAGCGGAGGCCUUUCCACUUCCGGCCCAAGAGCCGCGCUCGCGACGGAGGCAAGAAUGAGUGCCUGUGCCAGCGCGCCACCCGCGAGCGCAGCGCCCAGCGCUGCACCUGCUAUUGCCACACCUUCUGCAUUUGCGGCUACCACGGCAAGCCCCAAGUCUGGGCGUGCGACAAGGCGAAUGAGACCCUGAAGAAGCAGGUGCGGCAACGCAGCGUGAGCCGCGGCAGGUGGGGAUUGGCUAACGUGGUGGGCCUUCGUCCAGCGCUGAAGUUGGGGCUUUGA